UUACCCAAAAUGCACUGCACAUAACAUAGCAGGCGGGUAAUAGGAAAAGUCGUACCAUGCUGAAAGUGCGUUAAUUGGGAUGUUUGGACUUAGAGAAACGAUUGAAUUAUUUUUAAAUCUUCGUAAAACUGAAGUCGAAUAGUUCUGCACUCAUCUGAAAACGAACACAUUUCCGUCCAAGUAUGUUCUGAGCAAAGGAAAGACCGCGGAUUUGGCCCACACGCGAGCGUGAAGGCUAGCUGACGUGCGAUGUUGCGUCGAGUUCGUUUAUGCUUUUCUUUCGCUUUUGAAGUCUAAAAGAGCCUGUCGAUUGUGGACGUGAACCUCCUGUGCGAAAAAUGUCUGGUUUUAACUUUGGUUCGGGGACUCUAGGUUCCACCAACACGGGUGGUGGAUUCGCAUUCGGAACCGCAACAAGUGCUCCUGCUCCCAGUACCGGUGGCUUUUCUUUUGGAACUCCUCUUGGAUCAGCAGCUGCUGCCCCAGUUUCCACCACCAGCUCUAUUGGUCUAGGAAGCAGUCUUUUCGCUCAAAAACCUGCGGGAGGACUUUCUUUUAAUACAAUUACUUCAACUGCUUCUGCACCCACUACUGGCCUUACGUUAGGUGCCCCAGCUGUUACAUCUGCUGCCACUGGCUUUAGUUUAAGUUUCAACAAGCCGACUGCCUCAGCGACCCCCUUCUCCCUCACCACCGGUACCAGCUCCUCUACUGCAGGGUCAGGCUUAACAUUUGGCUCCGUCUUGACCUCUACAGCCCCACAGCAGCCUGCAGCCCCGGGUUUCACCCUCGGCCUUGGCGGCACAGCCAUCUCCACAGCAGCCUCAACGGUGCCGUCACUGGGCUUAAGUUGUUUUUCCAGCACUGGAACCACAGGUUUGGGUCAGCCAACUCUUGGAGGAGUUGGGUUAACCUUGGGGUCUCUAUUGGCUACCUCCACAGCAGCGUCGGCUGCUCCUGCUCCAAGCAUCGGUCUGGGUGGCGUCGACUUCAGCACCUCCUCUGAGAACAAGAGCGCCACAUCAUCCGGAACCAAUGCACAGGACAGUAAAGCUUUAAAAGAUGAGAACUUGCCCCCAUGCAUUUGCCAAGAUGUUGAAAACUUUCAAAAAUUUGUAAAAGAGCAGAAGCAGGUUCAGGAGGACAUCAGCAGGAUGUCAUCAAAGGCAAUUUCAAAAGUCCAAGAUGACAUCAAAAGCCUCAAGCAGCUCCUGUCUGUGUGCGCCAGCGCUCUGCAGCGCCAGGCUCUGGCCAUAGACAAGCUGAAGUUCGAGACUGCGCAGGAGCUGAAAAAUGCUGACAUUGCUCUGCGCACUCAGAAGACCCCUCCUGGACUUCAGCAUGAAAACACAGCUCCAUCAGAUUAUUUUCGCAGCUUGGUGGAUCAAUUCGAGGUGCAGCUGCAGCAGUACAGGCAGCAGAUAGAAGAGCUGGAGAAUCACUUGACGACGCAGAGCAGCRGCUCACACAUCACCCCUCAGGAUCUCACUCUAGCCAUGCAGAAAUUAUACCAGACAUUUGUUGCACAGGCUGCUCAGCUUCAAUCUGUUCAUGAGAAUGUAAAGAUUUUGAAGCACCAGUACCUUUCCUACCGCCGAGCCUUCCUGGAAGACUCCACAGACAUCUUCGAGUCCAAACGGGCGUCUGACAGGAAGUGGCAGAGCGCGCCGCGGGUCACGACCGGGCCCGCCCCGUUCUCCAGCGUACCCAACGCAGCAGCUGUUGCAAUGGCAGCCACGUUGACGCAACAACAGCAGCCAACUCCAGGGACCCAGGCGCCCUUGGGGGCAGGGUUUGGAAACCCCUUUGCAGGCARUAGCUUGGGCACUUCUACCCUGGGAGGUUUUGGUGGUGGGCCAGGAUUUGUUGGGGUGGGCACGGGGGGUUCUUCUUUCGGCUUCUCCACCAGUAAGCCCACAGGAGGCAGUUUAAGCGCAGGUUUCGGCGGCAGCAGCAGCAGCUCUGGCUUUAACUUUAGCAACCCCGGCAUCAACCAGUCCGCAGGCCUGACCUUUGGUGUGUCCAACCAACCGACGGCUGGCUUUGCUACCGGAGCACCUCUUCUCCAGCUGAAGAAGCCCCCUGCUGGUAAUAAAAGGGGCAAGAGAUAGAAAUGGGGGUGGGGGAAAGACAGGAAAGGUGGGACACAGCAGCUGACCGGCUAGGCGCUUGUAGCAAGUAAGGCCAGGCUUUGCAAAAGAGCUUAGAAGAAGUGUUAAAAUGAUUUAUCACCCAAACACAGAACAAUAAGUGUGAGUUUAAAAAAAAAAAAGAUGCCAGAGCUGAGGUUGGAUCUAUGAUGAAACAAAAUAACUAUGUUGACUAUUUGAAAUUAUUUUCAUUUUUUAUGCAAACUCAACUUAGGGGGAAAAAAUGCUAUUGAUCAUUAUGCGUUAUGUUUAUGUCAGAAGUCUACAUUAAACAUUUAUUCAGUUUUUUUUUUUUACAUUGGAUUUUAGUAAUGCAGCUAGACUUGUUGUUUAUGCUCAGUUACUUUGA